UUUUGUUUUCUAGCAUUUGGAACGAGUAUCUCUCUACAUCUUUCUGUUUGUUUUUGAUCUUCUUCUCCACCCUUCACAAGGAAAAACAAAAAGACCCCCAUACUUGUUUCCUCUUUUGGUUCGAAUUUGCUCAUCAUUUGUGGUUAGAUCCAUCAGGAGAAUGAUGAGUUGAUGGCUUCUGGAGUUCGUGUUAUGGAGAAACCGGUUCAACUUCAACAUCAACAUCAACAACAUCAACAACAACAACACGAAGCGUUAAAGUGCCCGCGAUGUGAUUCGGCCAACACAAAGUUUUGCUACUACAACAACUACAGUUUGUCGCAGCCGAGGCAUUUCUGCAAGGCCUGUAAGAGGUAUUGGACCAGGGGUGGCACCUUGCGAAAUGUUCCUGUGGGAGGUGGCUGCAGGAAGAACAAGAGAGUCAAGAGGCCAAUUGCAUCUACUGCUCAUGCUGCAGCCACCCCAUCAUCAGUUGAUCAUCAUACUAACCCUAACCCUAACCCUAACCCUAAUCCUAACCCUAAUCUUGAUCGGCUCCCAUCUUCCACCACCUCAAAUGGUAACACCAAUCAUCAUCUCAACCCUUUGUUUUAUGGGUUGUUACCCCAGAACCAUAAUUACCCAAGAUUUGAUGCUAGGGUUUCCGGCGUCAACGAUACCCUUGUUUCCGGCUAUGAUCUUCUUCAACCUCAUAUGAAUGCAUCCGGAUUAGGGUUUUCGUCUUCGGCACCAGGAGCUUCACUUGUGGCUAGUCAUGCUCAGAAUUCAAGUUUAACUUUUUCAAACUACCCCACCUCCAUGUACGGCGGUGGUUCAACUUGUAGCUCCACCAGUGCUCCUACCAUGGCUUCUCUCUUAGCUUCAAGCCUUAAUCAACAACAAAGAUUUAUGGGGUUUGGAGCCUACGAUGGAAGUUCCAUGGUUAAAGAUCUGAAAAUGGAAGCAACACAAAACAGAAUGGAAUGGAAUAACAAUUUUCAUGGCCAGAAUAAAGAUGAUCAAAUCGAAGCUGUUGUUUCUUCUGAUCCGAACAAUUCUCUUUUAUGGGACACGACGCCUGGCGAUGGGGGAGGCUGGCUUGAUCCGACAAACAACAUUGGUUCCUCGGUUCCUUCCUUGAUCUAAAACCGAAAAACCCCAUGAAAAUUUUCUUCCAGUUUCUAAUCUCUUUUCACUUGAUCACCUUGUUUUUUUUCAAUUAACUUUGGUCUGUUUUAGUUAGUAUAGGAAACAUUCAUGUCAAAGCAUCGAUGGGAGGGGAUUGGAUCGGAGCGAUCAUGUCAGCUAGCAAACAUAGAUUUCAGCCUUCUAAAUUUUUCAGUGAACAAGGCUGGAAAAUAAAAGAUCGGUUUUGCGCUGAGAGGAACCUCGGAUCCUCUUCAUCUCAUCGACCCACGUUCCAUCGUCAACAAUGCAAGAAUCUACCAUCAAGAAUUUGGGUCCAAUACUCCUGGUGUGUUCUUCUAUCUUUUCUUGUAUAUAUAAGUAUUUAUGCUCUAUAUCUCCAUGUAUUAGCUUCUCAUAAUUAGGGUUUUAUGUUUGCUUUUUCUUUAUGGAGUAAGAGGGAAAGAAUGGGGGUAUAUUGGUAUAGAAGAAGGGGGGAUAUCUUUAAUGUUUAAUGUAAGGUGUUUGAAUUCUAUCUUGUUUAUGAUGUUAUCUUUCCCGUUUUAAACGUAAU